AUGUUCGCCAAGACCCUCAUCGUCGCUCUCGCCGCCGUUGCGGCCGCCGUCCCCACUGCCAAGCAGGUCGGCAACGUCUGCGGCAACGACCAGAAGGCCAUUUGCUGCAACACCCAAGAGAGCUUUGACAAGUUGCACGGUCUGGUCGGCGGCCUCAGCGCCUUGAACGGUCUGCUGCAGUGCUCGCAUGUCAGCGUCUUGUCCAUCGUCGGCAGCCUCGCGGACUCGACGUGCACGAACCAGGUUGCCUGCUGCCAAGACGUCGAGCAGAACGGCCUCGUCAACCUCGCCUGCAACAACGUCGCCAUCUAA